AUGGGGAUCAUUGAUGAUGUCAAGGACACCUUGUCAAAGGCGGUGUUUACUCCCUCAACUCUGCUGUCCGGCCGAGGUGGGCUGCACAUGUGUCAGAUCGUCCUGUGCCUGGUCACCUUUGUCCUGAGUCUCUUCAGAGGAGGAAGCAGCCACACCUAUUGGAACUAUGCCAUGUUCACCUGGGCUUUCUGCCCCAUUAUGACCCUCAUCAUCACCAUCAUCGAGAUGUUCAAACUGGAUAUUAUCCUCAAUAUGUUCUGUCUGGACUGGGCUGACUUCACCACAGGGAUGGCCAUGUCUUCUUCUCUCAUGACUGUCUCUGUGGCCAUUUUCUACGCCAACUUCUACGCUUGCCUGAAAUGCCUGUAUGGCCUGAUUGUGAGCGUGUUUGCUCUCUUGUGUGCUAUUUUGUACGUCCUAGAAGUGGUGAAAGACAAAUUCCUGGAUAAGAAGCAGGGAAGCUACCUGGCUGCCCUGCCUGGGUUCUGGAAAGUUCUGGAGGCCUUUGUGAGCUGCAUGAUUUUUAUUUCACUGUCUGGUUACAGAGACAAGGUUGCUCUGAUAUUUUGUGUUAUAGCAUAUGUCAUUCCUUUUCCUAUUCUGCCUUUAAUCAUUGCUACCAACAUCCUCAAGAAACUGAAGACCUGUUUACCUUUUAACCUGGACAGAUUUGUCUUCAUAUUUCUGGUGAUCUCUGUCAUACUGUAUAUCUUUGCAGCCAUUGUGUAUCCCAUUUUUAUGUUCAAAAACAACCCUCGCCCCAGUGACUGCCCACCCAGCUUCUGUCUGUGGGCCAUUCAGUUCAUGGUGGCCUUUUUCACUUAUGUGAAUCUCAUUCUGUUCACAGUGGAUCUCAUUUUCACUCUUCUUGGCAUCUGUGGAUUCAAACGCACAUAG